AUAACCAUACUACGACCACAAAGUCUGAUAUGAGUCGAUAAUUAUUUUUUUGUUCUGUACUACGACUUCGUGGUCGUAAAGGAAAAUUGGUUCUGAAAUUUGAUAUUUUAUACCAUGCCGAUAGAGAAUAAAGGCAAAAAUGUUUCAAUAUUUUUUGAAAUGAGCGGAAAAGUUUCAAUAUUUAUCCGUUUUAAGAAACUUUUCAUAAGAUUCGAAAGUUUUCCCAAAUUUCGUUCAGCUGCCUUUGCCAUUCAACGAAGAAUACUUUGACAGGUGUCAUCUGACAUUUGAACGUGUGUGCUGCGAUACAUAUGUGUAGUAAUGUUUAUUCUACUUUGUGUAUUCAGUGGAUUUGUUUUAGACUAAAAUUGCGAUUAUUCAGUGAAAUUAAUAACAAAUGCAAUGGCUGACAAAGAUUACGCGAAAUAUUUAAAGAAAAGUGGUGUUUUGUAUCGACGCAAACGGCAGAUAGAAGAACUUAGAAAAAAAGUGCCUAGUACCGCCGAGCUGUCGUCUAACAACACUAAUGAUGGUUUGUUUCAUUUUGUUACACUUGCUGUAUUGGUUAAAAGUUUAUCGUAAUUCGUUCUUCGUUUAAGGUGUGGGGGAACCAAGUCAUGAAACAGCAGUAGAAUUUGAUGACGAUACAUCCUUCGAUACAUUCUUCGAUGAGCAGGAAGAUGACGCUGUUCCUAGUGUCUCUGAGAGUUCCAGCGAUGAAGAUGGGACUGACGAAAGCGUAAUUGAUUUCAAUUCAAUGACAAUAUUAGAUUGUCUAAAAUAUUUUGCUUUGUCAACCAACCAAAAGCACUCGGCGAUGAACAUGCUGCUCUCCAUUUUAAAGUUAAAAACAAAGUUUGUGCUUCCAAAAGAUGCCAGAACCCUCCUGAACACAAAUAGAGAUCGACCGGACAUAAAAGCUCUCGGAAACGGUUCGUUCUGGAGCCGUGGUAUUAAGAAGAGCCUCAUGGACAAUUUAAGGUUUACUACUGUAACAGAAACAUUAUCAUUGAAUAUUAGUAUUGAUGGACUACCGUUGCACAAAAGCAGUAAUAUGCAAUUUUGGCCCAUCAUGAUAAAUAUUCAAGAAAUGCCUCUGAUCGCUCCUAUAACAAUAGCAUUGUACUGUGGGCGCACAAAACCAACGAAUGCACCGCAGUUCAUGGAUUCGUUGGUUAAAGAGCUGAACACCUUAAUGGACGAAGGGCUGCUGCUCAAUAAUCGCCGAGUAAAUAUAAAAAUACGAGCAAUAAUAGCAGAUUCUCCGGCAAGAGCAUUUUUGAAAGGUGUGGCCUAUUACAAUGCUAAAGAAGGAUGCUCCAAAUGUACGUGUGAGGGUGAGUACAAUUACGACGGUAGAUGCGUUAUUUUUAAGGAUAUAAAGGCGCCAUUGAGAACAGAUCAGGCAUUUCGUAGCAACGCUUAUGGUAAACAUCACAGGGAAGUGUCACCCCUUUUACCUUUAAAUAAUUUCAAUAUUGUUGACGAUGUAAUUGUUGGAGAUGUACUUCAUAUAUUAGAUCUUGGAUUAACACGCAGAUCACUUUUCGGUUUCAGAGAUGGAAGAUUAGGUCUACAAACCAAAUGGUCAGAUAAUCAAAUAAAAACAAUAUCGUCUCAAAUUUUAAAAGUUAAACUUCCUAAUGAGAUAGCUAGAAAACUACGUCCAUUAGAAGAACUUAAAUAUUGGAAAGGUACACAAUAUCAUAGCUUCUUUAAUUACCUAAGCAUUAACAUUUAUAAAAAACAUUUGCCUCAUGAACACUACGAACACUUCAAACUUUUGUUUUGUGCCAUAGUCUUGCUAUCUUCUGAAGUGUACCGUAAUAAUUGGGAAGUUGCUGGCGACAUGCUCAAGGUUUACGUAGAGGAUUUUGGAAAGCUCUACGGAGAAAAAUGUUUAACCAGUAAUGUACAUAACUUGAUUCAUAUGUCAUCUGAAGUUAAAAAAUUUGGACCUUUACCUUCUAUUUCCACUUAUCCAUUUGAAAAUGCUUUGGGCCAAUUAAAAAAACAGCUUCGCAAAGGAGAUAAACAUAUUCAACAAAUAGUGAAUAGGCUGUCGGAGUUAGAAGCGUUCAGUCACAAUACUUCUACUACGAAGUAUAAAGAAUUUGCAAUAGCCAAUAAAACUAAACCAAAUGGGUCUACCAUGAUACAGAUGGCUAACUACAUACUUAGCAAAGAUAGUGGCAAUGAAUGGUUUUUAACGAGAGACAAUCAAGUUGUAAGAUACAUUAAGUCUUUGGAACAACAAAAAAAGAUAUUUAUAUAUGGACAACAAAUAUCUAACAUAACUGAUUUCUUUUUAUCUCCAUUUCCAUCCCGUAAUAUUCACAUAUUUACUGGUUAUCUGACUAAUUUAUCGGUUCAUGAGGCUGUUUGUCAUCCCGAAAAUAUUAAAUGCAAAUUAGUUGCAUAUGACUUAGAUGAAAAUUCCGAAUAUUUAUUCAUACCUUUGAUACAUACAUUAUCCUAGUAUCUUUUGAAUUAUAUGACAUUGUUUUGUUUAAUUUAUUUUUUUUUUGUGUAACGCAGUUUUGUUCCACUAAACAACAAUAUUUUUUUUUUUAUUUUUUUUAUUUGCUUAUCUGAUCAUUUGAUUUUUGCAAAACCCGGUUCCGUUACUCCAACCUAGAAGUGAUCUGUGCAUCAAUCCAAGAUCUACAAAUUACAUCUUCAAUAAUAUUAACAUUAUUUAUAGUUGAUAGUCGUGGUAAUCUUUUGUAAUGUUUUCCAUACGCUUAGCAACGGAAUUCCUCGUUCGUUUUUCAAUAUACAUUUGUAUCUUUAAAAAUAUUGCUUUUUUAUUGUUCGGUAAUUGUAUUUGUUCGGUUCAAAACAAUCGUCGUCUGGGGCCAAAGAACACAAUGCGGAGUUUUAUAUCCAAUAAAUAAUUGGAUUGGAUUUUUAUAAGCUUAUGAUCUGACGCAGUAAUCAGCAACUGGACGUGCCAAACACGAUUGAACUGUGCCGCAAUAUUCUUCAUGUCAGUCGAAUUUAUGAAGAAAUUUCCGAUAGCGGUUUGCAUUGUUUUCAAUUCUAUGGAAAAUUGUUGGCCACGCAAGGUAUAUUGAAAAGAAACAGCACGACGUUCGUUAAGUUUUUGUGCUGUCAUGACGAAUUUAACGAAACAAAUAAUAAAAAAUUGGUGUAUUUGAACGAAGGAUUUAAAUGGUUGAAUUAUUUCAUUUGAACUCAAUUUGACGGGUAGAACCGCGUUGAAAAUUUCACACCCAGAAACGAAAUAUUUCAUUAUUAUGGUGCAUUUGAUAUAAUUAUGGCCCGUUUUAUGUCAUCCACGAAGUCUUAAUAUUACUGCUGUAAGUGAUGCUUUAAGACCGAUAUCAGACCGUCUUAUAUAGGUCUUCGAACGGUCGGAUAUCGGUUUUUGGCUAUCUGGGCAG